AAUAACAUAUUUCUAAAUUUUCAUAGCACUGACUUGGUCAUUGAAGACGAACUGAUCUGUUGGUACUUGCAGGUUGUUAAUGUAAAGAAAAGAAGAACACAAGAGAAGCUGCAAUUAUCAAUGGAGAUUCCGGCAUGGUGGUGGUUCUCCUUCUGGGCUCUUAUCAGCAUCACAUUUUUACAUCUUGGAUUCUAUGCUCUGGACAAAGCAGAUCUCUCUCGCUCAGUUUCCCCGGUCGUUAUGUCUCUCUUCAAGCAUUCUCUAGCCGUUUCCUGCUGCCAUUCAUCCAGCUACGCCCUCAUAUUUCGUCCACAGUCGAAGCUCACAAUCGAAUUACGGUAUCUCUGGGUGCUUUACGGAGGCCUUCCGUUUCUCCUUUUGAGCGAUAAAGAUGGAAUAAUUAUAUGGGGUUGCUUGCUAUGGGCCAUGAUUAAGUUCUCCGCCUGGCCAUUUCGUUUUCCAGAGUUGAGUUUUUUCGCCGACAGGUUUUCCCUGUUUCUGUUAUAUACGUUUUUCCACAGUGAUUUUUUUCCGUGGAUGUGUUUCCCAGUCUCCACCUUCGUUAACUUCUUCCUCGUACCUUUCGGAGGAUACUAUUUGACCCGGGAACAAAAGGCUGGAAUUCGCAUUCACAUGGCCGUCGAAUCAUCGCUGUAUCUAGUCCGUGGCAAUAGCACUAAAUUCUUCCCUGUUUUGGUGCUUCUCAUUUCGCUUUUCACUUCCGCCCUUUGGGCUGCGCUUUUAGGGCUGGACCCUCUCUCCUGUGUUUCCGGGGAUCCGUUGUCGGGGGAUGUACGCUUCCAAAACUUGCUCUCCCUGGCUGGAAAAAGGUUGACGGAUACUUUCCGGGUCUUGAAGGAGAAGAAAACAUGGAAAUUCAUUGAGUUUGCAGUUGGGAUUGUGGGCACCGCUCUUUUCCAGAAUUUCUUCAGACUAACGUCGUUCAGUCAGGUGGAAGCGUUCUUCUACUUGGCGGUUGUGUGGGUGGCAAACCUCGCCCUGCUCGGCGUUUCCUGUGAUUUCGGGGUUUUCAAUUUUCUACUGGGGAACGUGAUCGUGGGUUGUAUGGUGAGUGAGUUGGGGCUUCGUCGGGGCACUACCUGGCUUGCGUGCGGUGCUUCUCUUCUUCUAUUUGGUCUGCGCCUCAAGCUGGAGUCACUGAGAUUUCUGGACAGUGGAGGAGAACAUGCCGGAGUUAGCUUACCAUUUGUGGAUAGAGGAGGGGAACUAGCCAGAGUUAUUUCACCAAUUGUGGACAGAAGAGGAGAUGAAGCCAAAGUUAUUUUAUGGUAAAACUGAAGAAGAAGAAAUUUGCUGGAUUCAGACAUCUAAGAAAUUUGCACAAGAAGAACAAGCGAAGAAAAAUUGAGCACAGGAAGCCAUGGGGAUUUUCUAUCCUCUGUUCUCUAAAAUAUCUGCAAAAACUUGUACGGAGAAGAAGAAAGAAAACGUUAAAAUACUGGCCCAACUUUGAACUAUGUGUAUACUUUAUGAUGUAAAUUGUAUUUAACCCUUAAAAAUAUGAAAGUGCGCAUUGUUGCAAAUAGGAAGCCCGGCCCGUAGCUUCUCAAUUUAUAUGUCUCACAAGAAUUGGUCUCAACAUCCGGUUUCCUUUUAGUUUAAGAAAAAUAGACGACCAAGUGAGGGACAAGAAGUUGCAGUGAUGGAGAUCCCGGUUCUUCUCGUUCUGGUCACUUAUCAGCAUCACAUUCUUGCAUCUCGGAUUCUACGCUCUGGACAAAACAGAUCUCAUCAACUCGGUUCCCUCCGUCGUUAUGUCUCUUUUCAAGCAUUCUCUAGCCAUUUCUUGCUGCCGUUCAUCCAGCUGUGCUCUCAUUUUUCGUUCACUGCCGAGGCUCUCCAUAGAAGGACGCUAUUUCUGGGUGAUAUGGGGAGGUGUUGAGAUUCUCUUAUACAGAACGGAGCUCGGUGAUACUAUUUUAUGGGUACUCUUGCUAAGGCCCGUGAUCACUAAGUUCUUGGCUUGGCUACUUCGUUUUCGUCCGGAGUCCAAGGUGUUUGACCUUGACAGACUUUUCCCGAUCAUGUUUAUCACGGUUUUACGGUGAAUUCUUCCCUUUGGUGUAUUAUUUCCCAGGCUUCACCUUGAUUAACCUCAUCUUCAUCGAUAACCUUGGAAACGAUUUGACGCGGGAACAAAAAGCCGGAAUCGGCGUCCAUAUGGCCGUCGAAUCGUCACUAUUUCUAUUCAGCACUAAACUCUCCCCUAUGUUAGGGCUUGUCGUUUCGUUUUUCACUUCUGCCUUCUGGCAUCGCUUUCCGGGCCGUACACUUUCAUCUGUGUUUCUUGGAAUCCGUAGUCGGGGUCGAAAGCUCUCGGGAACUGCUGGCAAUGGCUGGAAACAAACUGAAGCAGACUUACUCCAACUUGAAGGAGAAGAAUACAGCGAAAUUCAUUGAAUUUGCAGUGGGGGAUGUGGGCACUGUUCAUUUCCAGUAUUUUUUCAGCUAACGACGUUCAGUCAGGUGGCGGCGUUCUUGUACUUGGCGGUGGCGUGGAUGGCCAACCUCGCCUUGCUCGGCGUUUCCUGUGAUCUCGGGGUCUUCAAUUUUCUGCUCUUGAACGUGAUCGUGGGUUGUAUGGAGAGUCAUUUCGGACUCCAGGGUGCAACUUGGCUUGCUUUUGGUGCUUCUCUUGUUCUGUUCGGUUUGCGUCUGAAGAUGGAGUCCCUGACAUUUCUGAACUGAGAAGAACAAACCCAAGUUGUUUUAUGGUAAAGCUGAAGUUUAAUAAUUGCUGGACUCAGAUAUUAAAUUCAAGAAAAUAUUCCAAGCUUAGUAGUUAGUUUAGAUCACCAAUUUGGAACAAAAUUUUUUACUCAAAAUCAAGUUCUCUUAGUAUACGCGACAAAUAUAUUAUAUUUAUUAUAUAAUUAGUUUAAAUUCGAUCAAAACUCA